CGAGGCCUACCCGGUAGCGGAGAGUGACAUUGUGGCGGGUUGAAGGGCUCCGCCUGCGGCAGCCAGGAUGGCGGGGUCUCUGUGGCGGAUGGGCGGCGGGUUGCGAUUGGCCGCCCGGGUCCUUCGUGCCCAAAGCGGUUCUGGCGCGACUACGGGAGUCCGGCGCGCAAGUGGAGAGGUGCGUGUCUUCAAGUACCGCCACUAUGUAGAGCCUUUGCCGGCCCAGCGGAUAAAGGGGGAAGUGCUCAGUGCGUUCAUGUGGUUCUGGAUCCUGUGGCACUUCUGGCAUGAUCCUGAUGUUGUGCUGGGUCACUUUCCUUAUCCAGAUGCUUCUCAGUGGACAGAUGAAGAGCUGGGAAUCCCUCCUGAUGAUGAAGAAUAACUUGAAUACUUUGUUCUAAGCAAGUUUAGGCUCCUGGGAGAUCUACAAAUGGCUUCAUUUUACAGAGACUUUCAUUCAGGUUGUAAAUAAAAUUAACUAACCAGAUCA